AUGACUUCCAACCCGUAUGCUUCCUACGGCGGCAAUCCCUACGGCGGCGGCGAACAGCAGCCGAGUGGAGGCUAUGGCGCAUCCAACCCAUACGGCGGCGCGUACGACGGCGCGCACGAUGGCGCGCAGAACGUAAGGUCCACCGAGCCAGCCACGGUCGACGCUUUGCUGCCAUACUGACACUGCGUAGCAAUCGAGUCUGCGACCGGAGUAUGUCCAGCAUCAGGACUCGACGUACACGCAGGAAACCAAUUACAGUCUGAGCCAAGCGCCUACACCCGCCAUUCCUGGUCAGGCACCUCAACCCGGCCAGAAUGUACAAUACGUCCAAGCUGGCCCGUCCGUCCUGUCCAACUCGGACUUUCUGUCGCGGGUCGAGGCCGCAAAGGCAGACAUCCGCACCCUCACGAACCAUGUCGGCCAGAUCGCUUCCAUGCACCAGCGCACCCUCUCCUCGCCCGACAGCAGUUCUUCGUCCCAAUUAGAGUCCAUGAUCACGCAGACGCAAGUCUUGAACACCUCCAUCAAGGACCAGAUCAAGUUUCUCGAGACAGAUGCGGCGCGCAGCAGAGACAACAAUGUCAAGAAUACGCAGGUUGGACAGCUAAAGACGAGCUUCACAAAGCAACUGCAAGAGUACAGAGUGGAGGAAGCAAACUACGAGAAGCGCUACCGGGAGCAAAUUGCCCGGCAGUACAGAAUCGUGAACCCGGAAGCGACGGAGCAGGAGGUGCAGGAAGCCGCGCAGGCAGAUUGGGGCAACGAGGGUGUCUUCCAGACGGCAGUGAGUACCCAAUCGCAACCGCGUUCCGUCUUUCCACCACAACUGACCAUUCUUCUCAGCUGAAAACCAACCGCUCUGCCACCGCCAACACCGUCCUGGGCGCCGUACGAGCCCGCCACAACGACAUCCAAAAGAUCGAACGCACCCUCAUCGAACUCAAUCAACUCAUGGAGGAUCUCGCCACGGCCGUCGUGUUGCAAGACCAGCCCGUCCAGCAAGCCGAACAGCACACCGAGAACGUCAAGCACGACACGGAAGCCGGCAACGUGCAACUCGACAAGGGCAUCGAAUCCGCACGCAGAGCUCGCAAACUCAAGUGGUGGUGCUUCUUCAUCGUGCUGGCCAUCAUCAUCAUUCUGGGCUUGGUUUUGGGUCUCUAUUUCGGUUUGAGCAAUAAAAAAUAG